AUGUACAGCAUUAUGAUAGUGCUAGGCAUUAUCAAUGCAGAAUUUCUAGAAGAUGACAUGAUUUUUGAGGACUGUGAGCCAAGAUGUAACGAAAAUAAGCAUGGCAGGUUUCUACCAGCUGAUUUCAAAGAGAAGCUACAACUAAAUAGUGCCAAGGCAGAUAUUAGGAGGAAUAAAGCAAGAAACAAGUUGGGUCCUGAUGAGUUAACUAUCAAUAGUAGAGCAGCGAUAAAUAUUUCGCCACAGCAAGCACCUGCUGUCCAGUCCAAGGGAGAGUGUGAUGAAAUAGUUGUAGUUGAGACAGCAAAUGCGGUGUCCAAGGAUACACACACGUUAGAUGAAUCCAAAAUAACGAUUCCAUCUAUGCCCAGCAAUAAUAAGCAGCCGUUAUCGAACAAACUACAGAAACAAGAUAGCCCACUCAACAAGAGUGAGCAAUCUGUAGCCAAAUGCAUUGAACUUAAAGAUACACAGUUCCUGCCUAAUAGUACAGAUAACAGGGCAACUCAAUCUACAUCUAGUAAUGAUGCCCAUCCUGCGACAGCUCAGGAUUCUGUUAGAAGUGCCAACGAUGCACAAAGUAUUAACGUUAAUAUCGAAGAGGAUAUUAAUGCAUCCAACACUUCUAUCAAGCCACGCCCUCUAAUACUAGCCAGGAUAAUGGCAGUGUUAACCAAGAUGCUAGUCAUACUAAAUCUGUAUUGUCCACAGAGCAUGUUUACUCAUCCCCAAGCAAGGUUUCUUUGA